UAUGUAACUCAUAUUCUGUUGUGUGCUUUAUCAUUUCAGCUGAUUGCUUCGAGGCUCCAUCUUGUUCUGCUGCUCGUGUCGGCAUUUUAGUGUUUAUUUUCCUCAUUUUUAUUUUUGCAGCAGCCUAUGUUGUGUGGAAAUGGAGACAACACAAAACCAAAGACACAGAGAUGAACCGUGACGCUGAGAGAGCAAAGACAGAGACAGAGCAGCUGAUGGCAGAACGCAAGAAAAUGGAGGAUUUAGAGGAGAAAAAGGCAAAACUUGCAGAAAUGUUACAGAAGAAUGAAGAAGAAGAGAAAGACUUGGAGCAGGUGGUUAAAACACUGAUGGAACAGGAGGAAGUACUGAAAAAACAAAGAGGUCAACUCGGACACCAAAAGAACCACAUGGAGAGAAACAUUACAGAUAUUGAGAACAAGCUUAAGUCAGUGGAGAAGAUGGCAGAGAGUGACCGAUACCAUGAGAUGAAGAGCAUUGUGUUAACGGCCAAAAAUCAGUUGAAGGGUAGGAAACAAGAAGAUGAAAAACUUCACGUGGAAACACAGGGUCUACUGACUAAAACACAAAGUGUGAUAAGUAGAAUGACAGACAGGAAGAAGGCAGCGGAAAACUACAAGGAGACACUCAGUGAGCAGCUGGAGGAGAUAGAGAAACAACAAGAGGAGAUUCAGAGGAAACUUCAGUCAGAGCGGACUUUAGAUUAUUAAAAGACAUCAGCUAAUCAAAGUCUUAUUCUGGUGUUGAUACAGAUUUGUUUA